AUGGCGAUUGCUUUGGCUGAGGCGGAUAAGUAUGAGAUCUUGGAGAAGAUUGGUUGUGGCUCCUUUGGGAUCAUUCGCAAGGUCAAGCGGAAAUCAGACGGCUUUAUACUAUGCCGCAAGGAAAUCAAUUACAUCAAGAUGUCCCAAAAGGAGCGCGAACAACUCACCGCCGAAUUCAACAUCCUAAGCUCGCUCCGUCACCCCAACAUCGUUGCGUACUACCAUCGUGAACACCUCAAAGUCAGCCAGGAUCUUUAUCUUUACAUGGAAUACUGCGGUGGUGGAGACCUUGGAAUGGUCAUCAAGAACCUCAAGAAGGCCAACAAGUAUGCCGAGGAGGAAUUCGUCUGGCGCAUCCUGUCCCAGCUAGUUACCGCACUGUACCGCUGUCACUAUGGCUCCGACGCUGUUGAGGUCGGGUCAAAUAUCUUGGGUCCGGCACCCAAGUCGACCGGACUGAAGGGAAAGCAGGGAUCAGUGACUAUUCUGCACCGUGACUUGAAGCCCGAGAACAUCUUCUUGGGUAGCGAUAAUUCCGUCAAGCUUGGUGACUUUGGUCUGUCUAAGCAGAUGCAGUCCCACGAUUUCGCAUCAACCUAUGUUGGCACCCCGUUCUACAUGUCCCCCGAGAUCUGCGCCGCCGAAAAGUACACCUUACGCUCGGAUAUUUGGGCUGUCGGUUGUAUCAUGUAUGAGCUGUGCCAGAAAGAGCCUCCCUUCAACGCGCGAACCCACAUCCAGCUCGUUCAGAAGAUUCGCGAAGGCAAAUUCGCACCUCUUCCCGACUACUACUCACCAGAGCUGAAGAAUGUCAUCGGAAGCUGCCUGCGCGUUAACCCUGAUCACCGACCGGAUACUGCCGCUCUGAUCAAUCUCCCUAUUAUUCGUCUGAUGCGCAAGGAGAAGGAGGUAGUGGAUCUUGGCAAGACCUUGCGCCGACGCGAAGAGGUUGCCGUCCAGAAAGUCCGUGAGAUGGAGCAGAAUUUGGCCAAGUUGGAAAAGGAGAAGCAGCAAAUCAAGGCUGAGAUCGAAAGCAGUGUUCGUCGGGAAUGGGAAGUUAAGGCGCGAUUGGAGAUCGACCGCCAAGUUCAAAGCGAGCUCGACCGACUGCGCAAGCGCUUCGAGGCUGAGGUUCAGGAGCGCGUGACUAUUGAGUUGCAAAAGCACAAGAGAAACAGCAAUCCUACACCCCGGGAAGAUGUUUUCCGGACCAGUCUUCAGCACUCGUGUUCUGAUUCUUCGGGCCGAACCAGCCAGAGCUCCAGAUCCUCUGGCGCGGUGACUGACGAUAGCGAUGCGCCUUCAAGCACAGACCUCGCUCAGCUCUCACUGGAAUCGCCGACUUCGAAUGAGAAGAAGCAACGCCAGAAGCGAGAGACUCGUACUCCAUUUUGCCGCUCGAAGACCACUGUUGUGGACUCGCCUCAGGAUGUGCAAAUGGCUGAGCCAUCCCCCAUGUCCAUUGCUUCACUCUCACUCUCCCCUCGCCGUACUUCCGGUACGAGUGGUGCGCGGAAUAUCUUCGCUGAGGCUGAACGCCAGAAGGCCAAAUGGGAACCUACGCUGGCUUACUCCGACGACGAGGACGAUACUCCUGACCUCCCAUCUCCCACGCGUCCCAAGGUGAAGCCCGAUCCAUUCAAGGCUCCCAGGCGACCUCUUCUCCGACAGAACACAGCAGCCAUGAUGCAAAAAUUAAGCAAUCAGCCUCCUCUGUUCCCAUCCAGUGGAUCUCGCCUACCGCAAAUAUCCGGCGGACCCUCCGCCUCCCAAUCCGAGGCUCAAAAUACUGGGAGCGAAGGCCGCGCCAGAUCCCCUCAUCGUCGUCUUUCCAAAAUUCCGUCCUCAUCUAAUCUGGCAGCUGACGCCGGAUCCUCCACCCGCAGCAAGAGCGGCUCCAAGCAAUCCCCUACCAAGGCCGGCGGCGGCGAUGAGAUGUUCAAGGCAGUCAUGCAGCGCAACAUGGGUGGACGCACUCUCGUGGAACUUGCACAAGCACGCGCCGGCGGCCGUCCUGUCGAUGACUUCAAGCGCUGCGCCAGUGAUUCUCGCACUGCCCAAUCGCUGAAGUGCUCUGAUCGCGAACCCCCAGCUAUCUGGGAUCCGGAGCGCGAUGAAAUGCCUAGUCCUUUCCUCGCUCGUGGCAAGAAGAUCAUCCGCAAUUUGCGGUAG